GUGGGGCCUGGGAGUGUCAGAAUACGGGUGUUUUUUUAUUGCUUUUUUUAAUUUCUUACCUGGAAAAUGGUUGGUGUUCUCACACAGUUAAUUUUUUUUAAGAUACAGCUGGUUUAAUCCAGAAUAUGUGUAUGUUGUUGCUUCAAUACAGGUGCUUUUGCACAAUAUGGGUGGUUUUAAAAAAUAAGAAUACAGGUGUGUUUUCUUUCAGCUACUAUUCAGGUGCGUUUUGAUGCAAUAUGGGAGGUUUGAUACAGAAUACGGGUAUGUUUUGACGCAAUAUGGGUGGUUUUAAAAGACAGAAUACGGGUGUGUUGUUCUUUUGCACCAAUACAAGUGCGUUUUGACGAAAAACAGGUGGUUUUAAAAUACUGAAUACGGGUGAGUUUCGUUCAGCUACAAAUCGGGUGCGCUUUUGACGCUAUAUGGGUGGUUUUUACACAGAAUACGGGUGUGUUUUUACAAAGUCGGAAUACGGGUGUGUCGUGCUGAACCUUUCCCAGUUUCCUCCUGGCUCGCCCCGCCCCCCCGCGGCUCAUUUGCAUUGACGUCAGCAGAGGCUGGAGGUCAAAUCCUCGCCGCUUUUAUUGGAUCCGCCGCUGUCAGACAGAGAGAGAGAGCGAGAGAGAGAGAGUGAGAGAGAGAGAGCUUUACUGUAUUUAUGAGCUUCUUUUAUUUUAUAUAUGCACACGUACACGGAGAAAACGCCUCGCUUUGGCGCGUGAAGCGACGCACGCGACGCUGCUCUUCUUCCCCGGAUCGACAAACUUAAAGGGCUUAAAGGGGCGGUGAGGUUAGAUACGGUUUGUUUUUGUGGGCUUUUUUCUUGGUUGCCAUUUUCAGUAUCCAGAGAUCUGUGACAGCUCCACAGCUCCUCAUUUUGGGGAGAUUUUUUUUUCUUUUCAUUAUUUUUUUUUUCUUCUGAAAGAGGAGGGGGGGGGGUUGAGACCCCUCUGCUGGUUUGCAAUCCUUAUCAUUUUUGUUAUUAUAAUAUUUUUUCCCUCACUGAGGAUUUGAGGAUUCUCCCAUUCCCAUCCUGGAUGUGCUGGAUGUGAGUGGUGUGUGUGUUUUUGGUGUGUAAAUGGGGAUUAAGCGCGUGCUCGGGAGUGUAGCCCCCUCCUGCAGGCUCGAGAAGCCACUAUGCCUCAGGAAUAUUUCAGAUAUUUCAGCCUGUUGAUGAAAGUGGAGCGAAGAAGAAGAAGAGCCGGAUUCUGUCCUGCAGUGUGUGUGUAUGUGUAUGUGUGUGUGUGUGUAUGUGUGUAAGGCCAUGGAUCAGUGCAGCGCCUGAAAAAAAACAAAAAAAACAUCUGGACAUAAACACAGGGGUCGAAGGUCAAGAAAAAUGAGGGGAUAGUGAUGUGGGGUGUGGAGGACAGGAGGGAGCUCAGGAGGUGAAGAAGAAGAAGAAGAGGAAGAGGAAGGUGGUGGAUGGGGCUGAGGGCUCAAACACGGAUCGCACACACUCAUGCAUCCACUUUACUUCAUGUAAGAGGCCGAAAGGAAGCCUGUUUCCUGGCGUUGGGGGUCCGGGGGGGGGAUUACUCUACAUUAAGGACGGGACAGAACGUUUACAGUGAAGAGACGCAGAAGGCUGAGAGUUAGAGGCCGACACACACAGACGGACGGACGCUGAGAAGAAGAAGAAGAAGAAGAAGAAGGACGGUGUCUGAAGGAGUGGGUUUGAAGCAUGGGCUGUGCUUCAAGCAUCCAUAUUUCGGACAGGGUGGUCUAUCACAGCGGAAAAGAAGCUGAGGACUCGCACUCACCGCCGCAGAGCAACACUCACCCAGGGCUGCCCAUCAAACCCUCCAACAAGGUGUGGAUCGGCUUUAUCUGGGAUUGGGACGUAAUCAGGAUCAGGACAAAAAUACCUGAAGGAAAUGGAGGAGGAGGACACAUCUACUGCAGUGAGAGCUCUCUGACCGAGGUGCAGUUUGGACCAAUGAAGUUAUGUGAAGAUCAGCUUCAGGUACUGUUAGUGUUUGCCAAAGAGGACAGCCAGAGCAGCGGGUUCUGCUGGGCGUGCGAGCGAGCGAACUUCAGGGUGACCGUGGCUCGCACGCCCGAGUCGGCGCUCCACAGCUUUCUGGAGAAACACCAUGACCUCAUCAUCAUCGACCACAGACAUUCCAGAAACUUCGACGCAGAAGCACUCUGCCGUUCUAUCCGGGCGCUCAGCUCCUCUCAGAACACUGUUAUUGUUGCUGUUGUGAAAAGGCCAGACCGUGAAGAAGCCACUGUGAUGCCUCUGCUGUCAGCUGGAUUUAACAGGCGCUAUGUUGAAAACUCUAAUGUGAUGGCCUGCUACAAUGAGCUGAUCCAGCUCCACCUUGGAGAGAUCCGCUCCCAGAUCAAACUCAGAGCCUGUAAUGCUAUCUUCACGGCACUGGAACAGAGCCAGGAUGCCAUCGAGAUCAGCAGUGAAGACCAGCUGAUCCAGUAUGUUAACCCUGCGUAUGAGAGUGUGAUGGGGUACCAGCAGGGGGAGCUGAUGGCCAAGGAGAAUGUUGAAGUGCCUAAAAGUGAGAAAAACAAACCCGACCUGCUGGAGAGCAUCAACAACUGCAUCCGCAAAGGAAAGGAGUGGCAGGGUCUUUAUUACGCCAAAAAGAAGAACGGAGACAGCGUCCAGCAGAAUGUGAAGAUAACGCCUGUCAUCGGACAGGGAGGUAAAGUCAGACACUAUGUGUCCAUAAACAGGCCUUUAAACGACAAUAACAAGUCUGAGCGGUCCAGUGAGCGCGUUCAGGCUGAAUCACAGACAGAUAUUCAGUCCAGCAAGCAUAAAGACCGGAGGAAAGGAUCUCUGGACGUUCGGUCCACAACAUCACGCGGAAGUGAUGGAAGCUCUCAGAGGAGACACUCAUCCAUGGCGAGAAUCCACUCCAUGACGAUCGAGGCUCCCAUUACUAAGGUGAUAAACAUCAUUAACGCCGCUCAGGAGAGCAGUCCAAUGCCGGUGGCUGAGGCUCUGGACCGAGUGCUGGAAAUUCUCAGGACGACGGAGCUUUACUCUCCUCAGCUGGGCACAAAGGACGAGGACCCCCACACCAACGACCUCGUUGGGGGGCUCAUGACGGAUGGGCUUCGCAGGUUAUCGGGGAAUGAGUACAUCUUCUCUACUAAACAUCCGCAUCACCUGCCAAGUCACCUGACCACUCCUCUGUCUCUGAACGACAUCCCGCCCCGUGUGGCGCAGACCAUGGAGAACGAGGACUCGUGGGACUUUGACAUUUUCAGCCUGGAGGCAGCAACCAUGAAAAGGCCGUUGACGUAUUUGGGGCUAAAGAUUUUCUCGCGGUUUGGAGUUUGCGAGUUCCUGAGCUGUCCGGAGGCAACGUUGCGUUCCUGGCUGCAGGUCAUAGAGGCCAAUUACCACUCCUCUAACUCCUACCACAACUCCACACAUGCUGCAGACGUCCUGCAUGCCACUGCGUACUUCCUCUGCAAGGAGCGCGUCAAGCAAAGUCUGGAUCCCAUAGAUGAAGUAGCGGCUCUGAUUGCAGCAACGGUGCAUGACGUUGAUCACCCGGGCCGGACCAACUCGUUCCUGUGUAAUGCUGGCAGUGAGCUGGCCAUCCUGUACAACGACACGGCCGUUUUGGAGAGCCACCACGCUGCCCUCGCCUUCCAGCUCAGCACCCGAGACGAGAAGUGUAACAUCUUCAAGAACAUGGAGAGGAACGAGUACCGCUCGCUGCGGCAGGCUAUCAUAGACAUGGUGCUGGCCACUGAAAUGACCAAACACUUUGAACAUGUCAACAAAUUUGUGAACAGCAUCAACAAACCACUCGCAGCCUUGGAGGAAAAUGGGGGUAACGGAGAUGACGAGGCGGUGAAGGGGAUUCUGACGGUGCCGGAGAAUCGGAUCCUGGUGAAGCGGAUGCUGAUAAAGUGUGCGGAUAUCUCCAACCCCUGCAGACCACUGGAGCUCUGCAUCGAGUGGGCUGGACGUAUCUCGGAGGAGUACUUUGCACAGACGGAUGAGGAGAAGAGGCAGGGGUUGCCUGUGGUGAUGCCUGUGUUUGAUCGGAACACCUGCAGCAUUCCCAAAUCCCAGAUUUCCUUCAUCGAUUACUUCAUUACAGACAUGUUUGACGCCUGGGACGCGUUUGCAGAUCUGCCGAAUCUUAUGCAGCAUCUGGACAACAACUUUAAGUAUUGGAAAGGCCUCGACGAGCGAAAACUACACACUCUACGGCCUCCACCGGAGUAACACACACACACACACUGCGCUGGUGAACACUAUGGCCUACACACACACACAUGCACACACACAGCACCACUGUGACUGACAGAGGCCUCAGAAACCCAGCUGUGCUUCAGCUCCCCCUUCUGGCCAAGAGCAGAACUUCAGGGAAGCCUCCAUCCACCGGGAGCACGGCAGGCUGCGUCUGGCCUGACCGGCAGAGAGAGAGAGGAGAGAGAGAGACUUCCACAGGAAGAAAGUAUCCACCGUGGUCCGGUUCCUCGAUCCGGUUCCUCGUAAAGAAACACUAAGAACAACAACACACUCCAUCCACACGUUCAUUUGUUUAUUUGUUUGUUGGUUUGCUGUCUGCAGGGCUGAGCGACAGAUCUGGACUCUAAAGUUCUGCAGAUCCACGAAACUCUACACACACUGCUAUUUAUUUCACUGUAGGUGUUUUUAACUAAAGGAGGACGAUUUGCUAACGAACACAAACGAACGCAAGAUGAGAAAAAUGAAAAGCCAAAGUUGAUGAACAUUUAUAAAUUAUAAUCCUGAGUCUUGUCUGUAUUUAAUAUCCAUAGGUUUAAAACAAAAAAGAAGAAGCAUUAAUGUAAAAUGUUUAUUUUUUACUGAAUGAAGUCUGAAUCGUACAGAAGCACAGUCACGCCAGAUAAAGGCAGAAACGAUCAGCUGCUUUUUUCUCUGAUUCUGGUAGCAGUAUGUCAAACUUCUGAAUAUAAUAAUAAGAACUCACAAUAAUUACUUAUUUUCUCAAAAUAUUGAUUCAAUAUCUCACAAUACUGAGUUAAUUUCUCUAAAUUUGAUUCAGUAUUUUGAAGUAAUGGCUAAUCUUCUAAGAAUGUUGACUUAGGCUAUGUUUACACAGCAGGUAAAAGUGGCCCAAAUCUGAUUUUAUAACCAAAUCCGAUUUUUUUGUUUGGCUGUUCACAUUAUCUUUUAAAUGUGACCUGUAUGCGACAUUAGUCUGAACAGAUCACGCUUCUAAACCGGCCCGCAUGCGCAAAAGAGCAGUGCUUCACGUGGCGGCUCGACCAGAGGUAAACAGUCAUGACAGCUGGCGAACACCAGUCGCUUCCGCAGCUUUCAGUUUCGUCUUCGCCAGCAUCACAGGAGUGAUUAUAAAGUUCCAGUGGUUGACAGCUGGGUUCAUCACCCACAAUGUGUUCGAGUUCGCCGUAAAAAAGGCACGUUAUUCGGCCACGGCCAGUUCUUUGGUUCGUGUCUUCCGAUUCUUUACAUUUUUUUGACGGUGCAGCCUCGGUCUCCUCCGGCCGCGUUCGGCCGUUUCGUUCGAAACCUCUUCGAGCACGGAGCGGCUGCGCUAAGUCUCUUCUAAUUUUUUUAGUACAGAAACAUCAGCCUAAAUGUUUAUGAGUCUCAGCAGCACGAAAUUAUGACGAAUGUCGAUUUGGACUGACGUAAAAGUCGCAUGAUUUCCGGUCUGGCUGUUCAGACUGAGUCGCAUUGCCGCAGAUCGGAUACGUAUCGGAUUUCAGUACCACAUAUGAAAGCGUCUCAAAUCGGAAUUGAAAAUGUCAGAUUCAGUGCGUUUUUUUGCUGUUCAGACUGCCACACAGAUAACACAUCUGCGUCACAUAUGAAGAAAAAGAUCGGAUUUGGGCCACUUUUACCUGCUGUGUAAACGCAGCCUUAGUAACUUAAAAGAAGGACUCAUUGAAUUUCAAUUUAUUUGACUUAAUGUUUUUAAAAAAUUACUAAUGUUCUCAAACUAUUGACUUAGAAACUCAAAAUAAUGACUAAGGAUCUCAGAAUGUUGACUUAGUAUCUUGAAAAAAAUUACUAUUUUGACAAAAUUUUGGAACAGAAGUCAUCAUUUUGAGAAUUUAGGUCAAAAUUUUGAGAUUGUAAGUCAUUAUUUUGAGAUUUUAAAUCACAUUUUUGAGAAUGUGAGUGAUUUGGAAAUUUUAAAUCAAAAUUUUGAGAACAUAAGUCAUUAUUUUGAGAUUUUAAGUUAAAAUUUUGAGAAUGCAAGUCAUCAUUUUGUGAUAUUAAUCAGAUGUUUGGUAUGCUGCAGUCAGAAACAGCUGAGGGAUAAUAAAGCCAUUCGUGUUUCUGCUCUGCGUGUGUGAACGUUCUUCUGUAGAAUCUUCCUGUUGCACUGUAGAGGAGAAGUGUGGCAUGUAUGGGAAGUGGGCGGGGCUAAGUGGUUGUGUGUGUGUGUGUGUGUGCGUGCGCGUGUGUGUGUGUGUGUGUGUGUGUGUGUGUGAACUCUACACAGCAUGGCUUUCAAUACGAGAAAAAAUCUGUGAAAAAAAACUAAGUUUUGGACUUGAAGGACAUUUUUUCCUCCCGGAGGUGUUUUGUAUCUGGUUUAUCCUACUGACAGACUGCCUUAUUUUCUACAAUAUUUAUACAGCUCACCCACUGUCGACCCGCAGAGGACAUCUGGAGUUUUUAAUAACACAGUCAGAAAGUCACCUUAAAGUAAAUCUCCAUAUUUUUGUAUAGACUGAUGACUUUUACACUGGAACAAACACAGAGAGCAGAGGAAACUGAUCCGUCUGUGGACUGAAGCGUUGGGCGCAGCGCUGUGUUUUCUGCGGAGUAUACAGCAGCGCUCUGAACCGGUGGGACGCUCCCGUGUUACCUGUGUGGGUUCGGUGCAUGUUUGCGCUCACCUGUGCGGACUCCUGAGUCCACACCUGGCUGCAGAGCGACAUUCUGGAACGUUAGGAAGACCUUUCCCAAACCCGCCGCCGAUUCUGUCCUUAAACACCCGCCAGGAUUUACUCUCUCAAUCAGGGUUCGUUUUUUAUUCUGAUUCGAUACUACAGCACAGAGAAAAGAAUAAAUACUUAGAGAGAAUAAUAUUGAAAUUGAUAAUAAAUAACGACAAUGUGUAUUUCGA